AUGACAGAUAUCGUAGCUGUUUACGACGUUCUAGUGGUCGGGUGUGGUCCUGGCGGCUUUGCCGCGGCCACUCAGUCCUCGCAGGCGGGACUGCACACGGCGUGUGUCGACCAGCGGGCCUCGCUGGGUGGCACCUACCUGGUGGACGGGGCCGUGCCCUCCAAGACGCUGCUGGACGAGUCGUACUUCUACCGACUGUUACAGCAGCGCGAGCUCUUCGAGCAGCGCGGCGUGCGGCUGCCGCCCGCCAGACUCAACAUGCAGGCGGCACAGGCCGCCCUGAAGCAGAAUAUAGUACGUUUGGGCAAAGUUUAUAAAUCCGAGCUAUCUAAAUAUAAUGUCACCGUGUAUAAUGGUACGGCCGCUUUCAAAACCCCGCACCGCGUCGAAAUUGUACAGCACGGCGAAAGCGGUCUUAUUGUGGAGGCGAAGUACAUUAUCGUGGCGACGGGGUCUACGAUCAUCCAGUGUCCCGGUGUUGCCAUCGAUGAGACCAUGGUGGUCUCGUCUAGUAAGGCCCUCUCGUUGGACUAUGUACCUCCGCGGUUCUCUAUCAUGGGCGGCGGAACCAUAGGCCUGGAGAUCGCAUGUAUAUUCAAUAAUUUCGGGUCCCGCGUUACCAUCAUCGAGUCUCAAAGCGAGAUCUGCCAGAAUAUGGAUGCCGAGCUGGCGUCUGCCACCAAGAGGCUUUUGCAGUCUCAAGGAAUUGUCUUCCUCUUAGAUACCAGAGUGCAAUGCGCGGAGAGGGAUGCCGCCGCUCAACUAAAUGUCACGCUGUUGGACAAACGCUCGAAGAAAAAUUUCGCGCACCAGUGUGAUGUGUUGAUGGUGUCGAUUGGCAGACGUCCCCUUCUGGAGCAUUUGAACAUCUCCAAGAUCGGGUUGAGUGAGCAGGAUUUCGUGGAGAACGUUGAUGAGCAAACCCAGAGCUUAUCGAAAUUCCCUCACAUCAAGCCCAUCGGUGAUGUCACUUUAGGCCCCAUGCUGGCUUUGAAGGCGGAACAACAAGCCGCACGGGCCAUUCAAUCUAUACUCUCUGCGGGUUCUGUAGAGACUUCGGAUUUUAACUUCCCGCCGAACGUGCUGUAUUGUCAACCUCAAGUUGCAUGGGUCGGAUACACAGAACAGCAAUUGGUUUCCUCUCAUAUCCCGUACCAAACGGGCAAGGCUUUCUUCUCGCAGAACAUAAGAUAUAACACUUUGAUGCCACAGAAGGACACUGCUGUCCCCGGCUUCAUUAAAGUCUUGGUGGGUUCUCGCGACUUGAAAAUACUGGGCGUCCACAUAAUAAACAGCGACGCAAAUGAACUGCUUCCGCAGGCGUCGAUGGCUGUGUCGCUUGGCCUUACCGCGCAUGAUGUUUGUAAAGUGGCUUUCCCACACCCGAGCUUAUCGGAGUCGUUCAAGCAGGCCACCCAGUUCGCAAUGGCGACUGCCGCUUUACCGAGCAUAAAUGUCCGGGAAUAA